AUGUCGAAUUCCGACCCGCCGCCCCUAACUGACACCUUCACCGUGCCCUCAACAUGCUAUCAGUCUACCUUCGGCGCUCAAAUCACUACAGAAACUGCGAACGGUAUCUACUUUCUCCUUGGUGAUCCCAAUUCAGCUGGAGAUUGCCUGCCGUCCGCGGUUGGGACUUCAACCGUCUCCUAUUUUUCCCCUGGUCUCUACUGUCCCCACGACUGGACAACAGCCUGCAGUAGAACAUCAGAUGGCCAGGCGAUUGCAACCUGCUGCCCACCUGGCAGCUAUGUCUGCGAGCUGCAGUCUACCUUUGCAGAUCUGUAUUACUGGAUCACCUUGUAUCCGUGUAUCUCGUACGUUGGAGACGCAGCCGUAACGGCAACCAGUGUGCCCGUUAUCAUCACAAGCCCGACAUCACAUACCAUUUACUAUACCUUGGCUCCAAAUGAUGCUGUCAACGCUCCUGGGGUCGAAUUAAGGGUAGAUAUAUCGGCCAAUACUGCAUCUGCUACCACGAGCUCUGGGGUCACCGCCGGCUCUGUUAUCGCCACCAACUCUGUUAUCACCACCACCUCUGUUGCCAGCAAGCAUAAGGACUCGACAAAGGCAUUGGCGAUUGGACUAGGCGUACCACUGGGUAUUAUCGGAGCUGCCGUAAUUGGAGCAGCAAUCUGGUUCUUUCGAAGAAGGAAGAAGGGAGAUAAGAGUCAGAACGUAGUUGAUACGGGAGAGACCAAAAUGGCAGAGGCGGAUGGCAAGGCUCUUAAACCGACUGUGGAAAUUGACGGGAUAACAGCGGGGACAAGGGUACAUGAGUUGGAUAUUUCGCAGGCUAGGGCAGAGCUUCCAGUAUAG